AAUCGCAGAUAUUACUAAGAAGAAGGAGCUUGGCUCUGUAAUUUAGCACAAGCUAACCCAGUGAAGUAAUGCUUGCCUUUUUCUUACCAUGUGGAUUUAAAAAGAAAGAAAACACCUUGGAAAGAGAGAAGUAAUUUUCGGGUGGUGCACUGCAUUGACUCUUCACAGCCCAUGUUGUGUUUAAAUUCGUUCCCGCCCGUCGGAAUGCUGCCCGGGCUUAAACUUGUUGGCUGAUCCCUUUGAAUUAGCAGCUACUGGGCCUUGAAGCCGCGGUGCUCGAGUGUAGUCUUAAUCCGGGAUCAGAGGUCUGUGACCGACGGAUACUUAUUUAAGGUUUUGCAGAUUUUUACAAGUCUAUUCUUAACAUGUCGCACACUGGACCCCCUCCUCGAUGGCGUAACUGUCCCAGGAGAGGGCAGCCUCUGGCAGGUAAAUUCCUGCCUAUGAAAACGAUGUUGGGUCCUAGGUAUGAUGACCAAGUCGCAGAGGAGAACAGAUUUCAUCCGAGCAUGUUGUCCAACUAUUUAAAAAGUCUCAAAGUGAAAAUGGGUUUGCUCGUAGAUUUGACGAACACUACUCGCUUUUAUGACCGCAACGAUAUUGAGAAAGAAGGAAUUAAGUAUCUGAAGCUCCAGUGCAAAGGCCACGGGGAAUGCCCUUCUAAAGAGACAACUGCAGUGUUCAUCAGGCUCUGUGAGGACUUCAUAGAGAAGAACCCCACAGAACUGAUCGGAGUGCACUGCACGCAUGGCUUCAAUCGGACGGGCUUUCUGAUAUGUGCGUACCUGGUGGAGAAGAUGGACUGGAGCAUCGAGGCAGCUGUGGCUGCUUUCGCCCAGGCUCGGGCUCCUGGGAUCUAUAAGGGAGACUACCUCAAAGAGCUUUUCUGUCGCUAUGGUGAGGAAGAGGACACGCCCCCAGCUCCCGCUCUGCCCGAGUGGUGCUUCGACGACGACGACGGCGAUGUGGACGACGACGGCAACGCGGUGGGCCAGGAGUCGGGCCCCAGCUCCUCAGGGUCGGCGGCGCCGGGCAAGAGGAAGAAGGAGAAACUAAAACUGGGUGCAGUGUUUCUCGAAGGGAUCUCAGUGAAAGGGGUCACACAGGUCACGACCCAACCCAAGUUGGGCGAGAUCCAAAGAAUGUGUCAGGAGAUGGCCGAGUGGGACAGGUCUGGAUUUCCGGGUGCGCAGCCUGUGUCCAUGGACCGACAAAAUCUUCGUUUUCUAGAGCAGAAUCCUUACAAAGUCAGCUGGAAAGCUGAUGGCACACGGUACAUGAUGCUGAUCAACGGAAAAAAUGAAGUUUUCAUGAUCGACAGGGACAACUCAGUCUUCCACAUAGCAAACCUCGAGUUCCCGUUCCGGAAGGAUCUACGCGUUCAUUUAUCCAAAACUCUACUGGAUGGGGAGAUGAUCAUCGACAAGGUGAAUGGUCAGCCAGUUCCUCGCUACUUGAUAUAUGACAUCAUCAAAUUCAAUGGACAACCCGUUGGCCAGUGUGAUUUCAAUAUUCGACUCCUGUGCAUAGAAAAGGAAAUAAUUUCUCCACGUCAGGAAAAAAUGAAGCUCGGACAGAUCGACAAAGCCAAGGAGCCUUUCAGCGUCCGGAACAAGCCCUUCUUCGACAUCCAUGCGUCGCGCAAGCUCCUCGAAGGCAGCUUCACUUCCCAAGUCAGCCAUGAAGUCGAUGGACUGAUCUUCCAGCCGUGUGGGAGGUACAAAGCUGGGAGAUGUGACGACAUCCUCAAGUGGAAGCCCCCCAACCUCAACUCUGUGGACUUUCGCCUCAAGAUCACCAAAGUCGGAGGAGAGGGGCUGUUACCACAGACCGUCGGCUUGCUCUACGUUGGAAACUACGAUAGACCCUUUGCAACGAUGAGGGCAACCAAAGAGCUGAAACAGUACGACAGCAAGAUCAUCGAGUGCACCUUCGCUAACAACAGCUGGGUGUUUAUGAGGCAGAGGGUGGACAAAAGCUUCCCCAACUCCUAUGACACAGCCAUGGCUGUCUGUAAAAGCAUCAAGGAACCCGUCACGAAGGAAAUCCUUUUCGAGUAUCUGGACCGCUGCGCCCAGGGAGUCAACGCACAGAGCCGGAAACGCCCGUCUGACCCGGACUCUGAGCUAAUGCCCCCUCCCCCUCCGAAAAGACCCAAUUGGGCCGCGCCGUAACCCCUCCAAACUGAGCCCCUCUGGACUCCCAACCAUACCCACAGUCACAGCGAACAUCCUCAUCAGCAUCCAGACCCUCUACAGGAAACAUUUCAAGCCCGUCUGCUGCGUCGCGUUUUCGCUUGUACAUGUUUGGACCUCAGAGAAGUGACUGCCUCAAUGUGAUUCAUCCAUUUACCUUGUAGAAAUCUUUGUAGCUUGAAUUGCUUGUGUUCUUAUUAAAACACUGAACAUGAUUCUUAGAUUAUUUUUUUGACUGUUUUCCUAUUUAUUUUAUUUUUUUUUUAAUUCUGAGCUAAACAGUCAAGAAAGGACUUUGUUAUGGAUAACACCUGAUGAGCAUUGUUUACUUUGUGUCCACCAUUUCCUUGUUUUAAUUUAAAAGAGGAGUAAACAUAAUCAAAGCUCAA